CGGGGCCGCGCUGCCGCCAUGGCCGACAUGGCGGAUCUGUUCGGCAGCGACGCGGACUCGGAGCCCGAGCACAAAGAUUCUGAUUCUGGAUCUGAUUCAGAUUCCGACCAGGAAAACGCUGGUUCUGGUAGCAACGCCUCUGGAAGCGACAGUGACCAGGACGAUGACAGGGAGGCAGUAAAACCCAGUAAUAAGGAGCUAUUUGGAGAUGACAGCGAGGAUGAAGGAGCAUCCCAUCACUCAGGCAGCGACAACCACUCUGAAAGGUCCUACAAUCGCUCUGAGGCCUCGGGGCACUCUGAGCAUGAGGACAACGAGCAGUCGGACGGGGACCAGCACAGCGCCUCAGAAGCUGCUCAUGAGGACGACGAGGACGAUCGUGAUCACGGCUCAGAUGAAGGCAGUCACCACUCAGAGGGAGAUGGUUCUGAAAAAGCACAUUCAGAGGACGAGAAGUGGGGCAAGGAGGACAAAAGUGAUCAGUCGGAUGAUGAGGAGAGGCAGCAGAACUCUGAUGAUGAGGAGAGGCAGCAGAACUCCGACGAUGAGGAGAAAGCGCAGAACUCGGAUGAGGAUGAAAGGCCACAGGUGUCUGAUGACGAGGAAAGACUCCAGAACUCGGAUGAGGAGAAAAUGCAGAACUCGGAUGAUGAGGAGAGGCCACAGGCCUCGGACGAGGAGAAGAUGCAGAACUCAGAUGACGAUGAAAGGGCCCAGCGUUCUGAUGAGGAGAAGAUGCAGAACUCUGAUGAUGAGGAAAGGGCCCAGCACUCUGAUGAGGAGGAGCAAGAGCACAAAUCCGAGUCUGCAAGAGGCAGCGACAGCGAAGAUGAAGUUCUGCGAAUGAAGCGAAAGAAACCAAUUGCAUCGGAUUCAGAAGUGGAGAGUGAUACAGAAGGGCAGAAAGAGCAUGCAGAUGUCAUGGAUCUGUUUGGAGGUGCAGAUGACAUUUCCUCAGGGAGUGAUGGAGAAGACAAACCACCGACCCCAGGACAGCCCAUUGAUGAGAAUGGACUGAGUCAAGAACAGCAGGAAGAAGAGCCUAUUCCAGAGACCAGAAUAGAGGUAGAAAUACCAAAAGUGAACACAGACUUGGGUAAUGAUUUAUAUUUCGUGAAGCUCCCCAACUUCCUCAGUGUGGAGCCCAGACCCUUUGAUCCCCAGUAUUACGAAGAUGAAUUUGAGGAUGAGGAGAUGCUUGAUGAAGAGGGUAGAACUAGGUUAAAACUCAAGGUAGAAAACACAAUACGAUGGCGGAUGCGACGAGAUGAGGAAGGGAAUGAGAUCAGAGAAAGUAAUGCACGGAUAGUCAAAUGGUCAGAUGGAAGCAUGUCUCUCCACUUGGGCAAUGAGGUCUUUGACGUGUACAAGGCACCGCUGCAGGGAGAUCACAACCAUUUGUUCAUCAGACAAGGGACAGGUCUACAAGGACAGGCUGUUUUCAAGACAAAGUUAACCUUCAGGCCACACUCUACAGACAGUGCCACUCACAGGAAGAUGACUCUGUCUCUGGCAGAUAGAUGUUCAAAGACCCAGAAAAUCCGUAUUUUGCCUAUGGCAGGUCGUGAUCCAGAGUCUCAGCGCACAGAAAUGAUUAAGAAAGAAGAGGAGAGAUUAAGAGCUUCCAUUCGCAGAGAAUCCCAGCAGCGACGGAUGCGGGAGAAGCAGCACCAGCGUGGUCUGAGUGCGAGUUACCUGGAACCCGAUCGCUACGAUGAGGAGGAUGAGGGAGAUGAUGCAAUCAGUCUGGCAGCUAUCAAAAACAGAUACAAAGGUGGCAUCAGAGAGGAACGUGCUAGAAUUUACUCUUCAGACAGUGAUGAGGGCUCAGAUGAAGAUAAAACCCAAAGACUACUCAAGGCAAAGAAACUUAAUAGUGAUGAGGAGGGUGAACCUUCUGGAAAGAGAAAAGCAGAUGAUGAUGACAAAGCAAGUAAGAAGCAUAAGAAAUACGUGAUCAGCGAUGAAGAGGAAGAAGAUGACGAUUAAUAUUAAGGAAGAACAGCAGUUGAUUUUGUUGUUGUUGUUUUUUAUACAUAUAUUUAUAUAUAUAUUGUACAGUUCUCUUAGGGCAAAGUUGUAAGUAACCAUAAUGGGGUUAUUUUGAUAAAGGAAAAUUCCAAAGUCUGCGUUUUUGGUGUAAAUGAAGUUUUUUGAUUUCCUUUUACUUUAUAAGAUUUUUCUCUUAUUGCAGCACAUGUUGCACCAGGGAUCAUCACAGUGCUGGUUUUUAUCUUGCACAGCACAUUUAAGUUUUGAAAAUUGUAGUAACUGGUUAUUCAAGUGAAUGGGUCAAUAACUUUACUGAGUUCAUUGGGAGAAACCAUGCUAAUCUCUGUAAAAUGCUUAAAUGAUAAAUUUGUCUGACAGGGGUAUGGUGAUUUAGCUUGCUGUCUGUGUGGAAGGAUUGGAAGAACAUACAGUGGUACAGUACAAGUCUGUUUUUUCCCUAGAUAUUCCUUACUUCCUGUUUACAGUGGACAGCACAUUACUAUGCUGGUAUAUUUUGCUAGCUAAAAAUAUUUCUUGCCACGUUUGAGUAAACUGUGAAGUCCAUGCAGUUAGAAUAGUUAACUGAUCGCAGAAGACAUUUAUUUUUCAUGCAUUGAAGCCCAGAAUGAAAAUCUGCAUUUUCCCUGAGCAUUAAUAAUAAUAAACAACAAAAAUAAUAAGAAUUGGCACAUGCUAGUGAUGUAAAUGUCAGAGUAAAAGCACUCCUUUCAUCAACUCAGUAAUUUCUGCCAGCAGAGAUGAAAGUAUCCUUUAAAAGGGGAGAUGAACCACAAUGCAAAAAUACAACCUAAUAAUAGUGUCUCAGAAUCUCAUAUAAUUCUUAUGGUGCUAUUUCCUAUUUUUGCUGGUUGGUUUUAUAAAUGGGUUUUUUAAGCUGGGAAGUCACAGGAGGAGAAUGUCCAUUGCUGCUUUUACACUGUUUCUAAACACCUUAUUUGAUGAUCAAAUACCAGUUGUGAAGUGGGGAAAUGCUGGAAGAAAUACCUGAACUUUUCCACACUUUGUUUCCAGGAUGACAUAUCCCAUAUGUGUUUUCUGUGGUUGGUGAAGGAGCAUUCGUACAUUCUCUGUGUUGCCUUUUUGACUGACUUUUCACACAGUCCUGCAGAACCUGGAUAUGACUUGAAGAAGUUGAGAAAAUGGAAGUAGCUGAACACCUCUUUAAACAAAAUCAUUGACUGAUGCUGUGCAAAGUUGAUUAUGUGGAUUUGUGUUAUGUAAGCUGAAAUAAAGUAGCUGGUAGUUAUUGAAGGACUGUUCCCCAUCUCUCUCCUGCCCAGCUGAAUUCUGCUUUUUUAUAAAACAGUAGAAGGGUGAAAGUACCUCAUAGUGAGCGCUUUGCUCGUGAUAUUCCCUGGUUCUUUGAGUUAGAGCUUUCAACCUGGACAUCUUGCUUUUGUCCUCUUUAAUUAGGACAGUUGUUUGUCACAAUACUCUACCUCCACUUCUCCUGCCUGGAAGGGAUGGGAAGCGCUCUGGCUGCAGUAGGACAGAGCUCUGCGUGUGUUAAUGUGUACUGCUGAGCAGCUGACUGCAGUUUAGACAUUUGCAAGUAAGAAAACAAAGUGAAAAAUUUCGACUUGCAAGUCUGAUUGCUUGAGAAACUAUUCUUUUUUUCUAUAAUUAAAUUAUUAUCUAAGA